AUGAGGGAGCUAGACAACUUGGAUAAGCGCAUAAGACCGUACCUGGAGAAAAUUGGCCAUGAAAAAUGGUCAAGGUACUCUACCAUGACAUCAAACAUAGCUGAGGCACUGAACUCAGCAAAUUUAGCAGCAAGGGAAACACCAGUGACAACAUUAAUGGAGUGCUUGAGGGCACAAAUGCAAGAGUGGACAUACAAUAAUAGAAAGGAGGCACAAAAAUGCACAACAAGGCUGACACCAUCAUCUGAGAAAAAACUCAUAGGGAACUAUGUACAGUCAUUGCGACUAACAGUGAAACCAGCAAACCAGAACCUGUUUGAGGUGAUAGAUGAAGACAGAACAAGAAUAGUAAACUUGAAGGAGAAGACGUGCACAUGCAAUAGAUUUCAAAAAGAUGAAAUGCCAUGUAACCAUGCGAUCGCCGUCAUGAAGGACUUGAACAUAAACACAUACAACUACGUGCACAAUACUACACAUCAAAAGCAUGGCCGCAAACAUAUGAAGAAACGGUAUACCCGGUUGGAAACGUAA